UGUGGGCUGAGGCUCAGGAAGAGGCAAAGAAGAUGAAGAUUCAAUGCAACGUUUGUGAGGCGGCGGAGGCGAACGUGCUUUGCUGCGCCGACGAGGCUGCGUUGUGUUGGGCUUGCGAUGAGAAAGUUCAUGCGGCAAACAAGCUAGCAAGCAAGCACCAGAGAGUUCCUCUCUCUGGCUCUUCCCCUCAGAUGCCUAAAUGCGACAUUUGUCAGGAGACAGCUGGCUUUUUCUUUUGUCUAGAAGAUCGAGCUUUGCUCUGCAGGAAAUGUGAUGCUGCUAUUCACACAGCAAAUGCCUAUGUAUCUGCUCAUCAGAGAUUUCUGUUAACUGGAGUAAAAGUUGGUCUAGAACCUACUGACCCUGGUGCAUCCUCUUCUUCAGUGAAAUCACCUUCGGGUGAAAUAACCUCUGAAGCGAAAUCUCAUUCUGUUUCUAGAAGAGGAACUCCACUGCCAUUGACUAGUCCAUGCAAUGGAGUUUUGCCUGCACAGGUUGGCAGACAGGAGUUUGAACCUUAUAAAGUAUCAUUUUCUAGUGGUUCUGCAGCUGGAGGCAUCCCAGAGUGGCAGAUAGAUGAAUUUCUUGGAUUAACUGAUAAUAGUCAAAAUUAUGGCUACAAGGACAAUGGAUCAUCUAAGGUUGAUAGUGGCAAGGGUGGUGACUCUGACAGCUCUGGAAUCUUAAGAUCAGCUGAGGAAGAGGUAGAUGAUGAUGAAUGCCAAGGUCAGGUGCCAGACAGCUCCUGGGCAGUGCCGCAGAUGCCUUCUCCACCUACAGCCUCAGGGCUAUUUUGGCCAAAACGUGUCCAGAAACAAUCUGAUAGUGGAGAUUUUGUGCCUGAUAUAUGUUGCUCAACUGUGCAAAGCCAUGACCAACAUGGUACUGCAACAAAACGCUAUUGUAGUAAAGGUGGUAUACGCAAUCUGCUUCUAAAUUUAUCCGUAUUGCUUAACCAUCAGAGCAGGGCCUCGCUGUUAUGCUGUGGCUACUUGGGUCUUGUAAGAUGAAAGGAUAUGGCUACUUGGGUCUUGUAAAUAUUUGUUUCUUAGUCAAUAAUUUGCACGAGAGAUUAGAAUUCUGCAUGAACAAGCAAAUUUGUUGAAAAAAGGGUAACCUGAUUGUUUAAUAGAGUUCUCUCUCCCUUCAAACAUUA